GGUUUGGCCAUAGACUGGGUGUCCAGACACCUGUACUUCACAAACAUGGGCCAGUCAAGUCCAGGCCUAGAUGGUGCCGUCUAUGUCUGGCAUCGCUUGGAGAAAAUUUCUUUAGAUAAAAAAGAAAGAAGGACAGUUGUCAGUGCCGUGGAAAGGCCCAGGGGCGUCGCCAUAGAUUUAGAAAACGGGUAAGUCGCCAAGAAGCAACAUCUUAAUUCUUCUAAAAAUUCUGAUGAAUAUUUUCCACACCUGUAUUUUAAAAAAAAAGUUAAUGGGGGCUUAGUACUUUGGCUUUUGUGUGGAGUUAGCGUGUGUGUGGUAAGUGUGUAAGGGAUUUGUUUAUGUGGUUGGCAUGAGAGUCUUUUAAUGAGCAUUUUUGGAUUCUUAGAAAAAAAACAAAAAACAAUCGCUAAUAACUCUAGUUUCUUAUUGUCUCAAUAAAAUGACCCUUGACCUUUGCCAGGCUCCUUUUCUACGGAGACUGGGGUAAGAAGCCACAGAUUAUACAGGCCCAGCUGGACGGCUCGGACAGAAAAGUUAUCCUGGACCAUGAACUGACCCACCCCAAUGGGUUGUCCUUCUACGAGGGACGGCUGUACGUGGCGGACUCAAACAUCAACAACAAGUCCUACGCCCCACAUCUCAUGGUCUAUGACGUCAGCACACAGGAAUGGACGCCACUGAAACUCAGCAACAACUUCUCGGUGAGAUUAUUUUUAUUCCAACCACCUGUUGAAUGGUCUUGAGUUUUUCAUCUGCAUUGAAAUGUUUUACUACAGGGUGUUGUUUGUUUUUUUUUUUUUUUUUUUUUUUUGGGGGGGGGGGGGGGGGGGUUUUGUUUUGUUUUUUUAGAUGUGGGCUUAAGUGUCUCUCUGCUUGGUUAGAGUGAAACUUCAACUCUACCAUUCAAGCCACAAAUUAUUGAUUAAAAUAUGUCUUCUUCAUUUCUAACCUAUUAUAUCAAAUCUUUACAUUUAUUUUAAAUUUAUCCCAGGGUUGCUGUAUAAUAAUAAUAAUAAUAAAGUUUAUUUGAAAAACACGCUUCAUCCCCAAAAGCUCGAAGCGCGGUAAAAAGCCAACCAUAUUAAACAAGAGACAUGAAAACAAGCUAAACUUUACCACAUUUAAAAACAGACGCAACAAUAUAAAGCUACAUACGAGCAUACCAAGUCAAAGUCUUUCAUCCCGUUUCAACCAUAAGCAACACAGACCAAUAUACAUUAACUGAAAAAGAUGGUAGAUAGCAUCACCCCAGAAGGUGUUUGCGAAAUAGAUGUGUUUUUAAAUCGGUUUUAAAGUAUCUGUGACAGCUACAUACACAAAUGAAUGUAUCACUGAUUUUAUUUUACUGAAGUCCUGUGAAUCGCUUACACAUAGUGCAGAUGAGAAAGAACCCAACAUAACUGAUGAUAAGCCAAUACCGAGCAUAACAGAGCUCAGUUGACGUUAAAUGCUUUGAUUAAAAUGCAAGCUUACGGCAGGACAUGGUGUACGGUCCCUGAAGACAGCCAUGGAAUAUCUAGUUAAAUAUUAACAGAAACUUGAUUAUUGAAUUGAUAAUUCCUUUGUCCAACUGUUUCAGAUCCCCAUGGGCCUAGCAGUGCAAGGGGACACACUCUACUACUCGGACUGGGUCAGCAACGAAAGUCUCAAAGGAUACAUCAAAUCUUUCAACCUGCGUUUUGGGGUAGACAACAAUGUUAUCCUCAAUGGGAUGAGGCCAACAGGGCUGCAUUAUUCCCCUUUGGCCAAACGGAAACAUGGUUAGUGAUAAGGGGCCCCUACACAUAUUAAAGGACACAAAAAUUCUAAACCUUUUUUAACCAACCCUACCCAUUAUGCAUAUAUAACUUUUCCAUUGAGCACCUCCCCCCACACUAAUAUUAUAUAACUUUUCCAUUGAGCACCUCCCCCCCCACACUAAUAUUAUAUAACUUUUCCAUUGAGCACCUCCCCCCCCACACUAAUAUUAUAUAACUUUUCCAUUGAGCACCUCCCCCCCCACACUAAUAUUAUAUAACUUUUCCAUUGAGCACCUCCCCCCCCACACUAAUAUUAUAUAACUUUUCCAUUGAGCACCUCCCCCCCCACACUAAUAUUAUAUAACUUUUCCAUUGAGCACCUCCCCCCCCACACUAAUAUUAUAUAACUUUUCCAUUGAGCACCUCCCCCCCCACACUAAUAUUAUAUAACUUUUCCAUUGAGCACCUCCCCCCCCACACUAAUAUUAUAUAACUUUUCCAUUGAGCACCUCCCCCCCCACACUAAUAUUAUAUAACUUUUCCAUUGAGCACCUCCCCCCCCACACUAAUAUUAUAUAACUUUUCCAUUGAGCACCUCCCCCCCCACACUAAUAUUAUAUAACUUUUCCAUUGAGCACCUCCCCCCCCACACUAAUAUUAUAUAACUUUUCCAUUGAGCACCUCCCCCCCCACACUAAUAUUAUAUAACUUUUCCAUUGAGCACCUCCCCCNAUAUUAAAUAACUUUUCCAUUGAGCACCUCCCCCCACACUAAUAUUAAAUAACUUUUCCAUUGAGCACCUCCCCCCACACUAAUAUUAAAUAACUUUUCCAUUGAGCACUGUCACAGAGCUAAGUUGAGGUAAGGGAGUUAAGUGAGAAUUAGGACUUAUAAUUUAUAGACUAUGGAACUUGAUAAAAGGAACGAAUCAGAGAAGAGAAUGGAGGAUGGAAUCAUGGCGGUUUUUAUAAGAAUAAGUCCAUGCUAUUAAUAUAUUAAUUAGUUGAUGAGAUAAUGAAUAGGUUAUGAGUGUGAUAAGUAUUCUCUAUUUGUGAUUAUAAUUGCUUAUUCGUGAGUGUGUAUUAAUAAUAAAUGAUAGUCAUUAUCUUUCACUGAACCCCACAACGCCUCUGUUAUUGAUAGAUAUAGAAUAUUAUUAUAUAGUUAGUAAUUAGCAUUGUGGUAGUCUUAGUCUGUGCACGGUGAGUGAAUAUAGACGUGACAAACACCUCCCACCCCCCCCCCACUAAUAUUCUAUAACUUUUCCAUUGCGCACCUUCCCCCACACUAAUAUUAUAAUGUUUUUAAUAAUUGUAAAGCGCUUAGAGCUUUAGGGUAAGCGCUAUAUAAAAAUGCCUAAAUAAAUAAAUAAAUAUAUAACUUUUCCAUUGAGCACCUCCCCCCACACUAAUAUUAAAUAACUUUUCCAUUGAGCACCUCCCCCCCACACUAAUAUUAUAUAACUUUUCCAUUAAGCACCUCCCCCCACACUAAUAUUAUAUAACUUUUCCAUUGAGCACCUCCCCCCACACUAAUAUGAAAUAACUUUUCCAUUGAGCACCUCCUCCCACACUAAUAUUAGAUAACUUUUCUAGCAAAGCCCCAAUCCGCCCCGCCACACAAGAAAAAAAUUAAUAAAAACAAAAAAACAAGCCAUUUUCAAGCAAAAAAAACAACCAAAAAAAAACAGAAAUAUUUUUUUUUUAAAUUUCAAAUUAUUGUUAACAGAACUGUACACUUUAAUUUUAUAUAUUUUAUAAAUACUCUAAUUUUGUGAAUGUAAAUAGCAGGAAUGUCGCAAAAAUAACAUAAAUAUGUUUUUUUAAUAAAUAAAAAUAAUUGCACUCUUCCCCCCAUCCCUUUAUAACACAAUAUAACAAUAUGAUAAACCACCCCCACUCCCUUCUUUUGUUAUUUAAUAUGCGCUGGGUCCUUAUUUCCGUUGAUCUAUUUGAACAUUGGUGUCCAUCCACAUUUGGUAAAUGGUAUGAUGGUUUUUUAAAAUUAAAAAAACCCCAAAAACAGUGAAUCUAAACCCAUAUGUUACGUGUUAUAAAUAAAAGUUAGACAAACAGCAUUUGAAUAAAUGGAAAAUAUUUCUGAAAAGACACAAAUCAAACUUUGGACAAAUAAUUAAGUUAUAUUUUAGUGAAAAAUGACAAAGAACUUUCAUGGGUAGCUGUUACUGCAAUAAUAGGCUAUACAUAACACAAGAGACUCCUACUUGUUUCUAUUCAUUAAAUGACUUGUAGGUUGUGAUUAAUGUUCAGGUAAUAAGCAUCAUCAUACUCUCUAAAUAUUUAUGAACCUAAGUAGACAAAAUGGCAACUGUUUUUUUUUUCCAAAUCUUAUUCAUUUAGGAUGCUUUUAGAUGUGCUAAAAUGCUUAAGGCCAUGGAGAAAAGUAAGAAUGAGAAGGAUUUGAUUGUAGUUAACCCUUCAGUUGAAAUUCUCUUACUUCCAAUUACUGACAGGAUCAUUAUUUAUUUAUUUUUAGAUUUCCUAGAUGCUGUAUGUGAAAAGUCCCCCUGCAGCCAUUCAUGUGUGAGAACCCCCCUCAACAAAACAAAUCCUUUCAAAUGUUUGUGUCCAGAUGAAUCCACCAAAGUUCUCUCCAGCAAUGAUGCAUCUUGUGCAAGUAAGUGUAACCAAUGUUCUUUUAGUAUGUUCAUGGGAGGUUUUUUUAAAACUAUAACUUUACUUUUUUUAUCAGGCUCUAUUCCUGUUGAUUUCACAUUAUGCCAUGCUAUUAACUUCUCUAUUUGAUAAAUUUAAUUCACUAUACAAAAUAAGCCAACAGUUUAAUAUAUAGCCCUGCAUUGGUCACUUGAAAGUUCCACCUCAGCAGUUUGAAGCAGUAAUAGUCUUAAACACUCCUGGUGUAUGAACUAAUAUUUACCAGGACCAACCAACUUCCUGCUCGUAGCAGACCUGAAUACCCUGAAGUUGGUCUCCCUUGAUGACAACACAGAAAGUGGAGCCCGCACUUUCCUGUAUGACAGCAUAGAUUCCAACUUUGUGGCCUUGAUCUAUGAUGAGGUCACUGACACCAUCUAUUGGAGUGAUAUUACAAAGUAA